UGCGAAAGAGGCAGGGACAGGGGAGGGGAGCUCCGGGUGGGGAGCGGGGAGCAGGGUUGGUACCCGCCCGGCAUCGCCCACCGCCACCACCACCGGGUCCCAUGGGGCCACCCCACGGCACCGCCGACAGCGCCCGGCCCUGGCACUGAGCGGGGCAUGGACGGCCCCGAAAUCUUCCUGGGCCCCUGCGAGGGAGCCCUCUGCGGGGUCCCGGGCCAGAAGCGCCGCUGCAUGUCGGCCCUGGAGCCCGUCACUGUGCCCAGCCCCAAAUCCGAGGCCAGCUGGGGCGAGGAGGAGGAGGAAGAGGAGGAAGAUGAAGAGGAUGAAGAGCGGUCCCGGGGGGUGCCGCUGCGGCGAGCCUGUGCCCUGCGGACCUCGAUGCGCAGCCGGGACCCGUUCCGACGGCACAGCUGGGAGCCGGGCAAGGAGCUGCGCGGGGUCCCCGGCUACGACCAGCUCAGCGUGAGCCUCAAGGGGCUGAGCCCCGACGACAUCGACUCCAGCACGGAGCAGCUGGACGGGCUGGGGAGACGCCGGUGGGACCCCCGGAGAGCCCCCCUGAUCCACAGCACCGAGUCCCUGCUGUCCCUGGACGAGGAGGACGAGGCCGAUCUGCAGCGGGCGCAGGAGGACGCGCGGAGGCUUCAGGUGUACGGGGCCAGGAGCGCCGGCGGCUGCGCCCUCGCCAAAUCCGCGUCCCUCAGCGUCAUCGACAGCUUCCCCCCCGCCGUGGAAAUUUCCCCCUUCGCCUCCCAGCAGAGCCUGGCCAACGGCUUCGGUGCCGGGAGCUGCGGGCAGCUGGCGGCCUCGGGCGAGCCGGGGAGCCGGGAAGGGAGCCCCCUGGGCCGGACCCUCAGCUUCAUCUGGAGGAUGACGGGGAAGACGAAGAGCAAGGAGAAGGAGAAGAUGAAGGAGGGCAAGGAGAAGGACGCGCGCUACACCAACGGCCACCUCUUCACCACCAUCACCGUCUCGGGGAUGACCAUGUGCUUCGCCUGCAACAAGAGCAUCACGGCCAAGGAGGCUCUCAUCUGCCCCACUUGCAACGUCACCAUCCACAACCGCUGCAAGGACACGCUGCCCAACUGCACCAAGGUCAAGCAGAAGCAACAGAAAGCGGCGCUGCUGAAGAACAGCUCGGCGCUGCAGUCGGUCUCGCUGCGCAACAAGACUGCCAUCCGGGAGCGCCCCAACUCGGCCAUCUACCCCUCGGAGAGCUUCCGCCAGACGCUGCUGGGCCCCCGCCGCGGCCGCCCCUCGCUCUCCCUCUCCAAAAGCGUCUCCACCACCAACAUCGCGGGGACGCUGAACGAUGAGUCUCCCCUGGGGAUUCGGCGCAUCCUGUCCCAGUCCACCGACUCCCUCAACAUGCGCAACCGCACGCUCUCCGUCGAGUCGCUCAUCGACGAAGGCCCCGACGUGAUCCUCAACCAGCUGCUGAGUGAUUUCGAGACGGACGAGAAGGAUUUCGAGGCGGACUCGUGGAGCCUGGCCGUGGACAACAGCUUCCUGCAGCAGCACAAGAUGGAUGUGAUGAAGCGCCAGGACGUCAUCUACGAGCUGAUCCAGACGGAGAUCCACCACGUGCGCACGCUGAAGAUCAUGGGCAGCGUGUUCCGCAGGGCCAUGCUGGAGGAGCUGCAGCUGGACCCGGGCACGGUGCAGAAAAUUUUCCCCUGCGUGGACGAACUCAGCCAAAUCCACGAGCGUUUCCUGGCCCAGCUCCUGGAGCGCCGCCGCGACUCGCUGGCCCGAAGCAACAAGAACUUCGUCAUCAACCGCCUGGGGGACAUCCUCGUGGGCCAGUUCUCGGGCAGCAGCGCGGAGCAGAUGAAGAAAGCCUACUCGGAGUUCUGCAGCAGGCACACCAAGGCGGUGAAGGAGUACAAGGACCUGCUCGCCCGCGACAAGCGCUUCCAGCACUUCGUGCGGAGGAUGGCACGGUCCCCGCUGCUCCGGCGCCACGGCGUGCCCGAGUGCAUCCUGCUGGUGACGCAGCGGAUCACCAAGUACCCGGUGCUCAUCGAGCGCAUCCUGAAAAACUCCAAAGACAACGAGGGCGACUCGGCCGACCUGUCGCGGGCGCUGACGCUGGUGAAGGAGCUGAUUUCGGGGGUCAACGAGGAGGUGCACGCCUGCGAGAUGAACGCGCGGCUCUGGGACGUUUACCGGCGCGUGGACGGGCGCGCCAAGGCGCCGCUGCAGUGGGAGAGCCGCGCCGGCCUCUUCGGCAGGGACGAGCUCCUGCGGCGCAAACUGGUGCACAGCGGCUGCAUGCUCUGGAAAACGGCGGCCGGGGCGCUUCAAAGGUGGGCUGGGGGGGUGAAGGAUUCGGGCCCUAUAGGGGUGGAGGGAGGUGGUUUUGGGCCCCCCCGUUCAGGGUCGCCCCCGUAA